AUGGCGUCACCUCUACCACCGGAUCCAUACGCCGCCUUAGGCGUCUCCAAGGCCGCCACGCCCACCGAGAUCAAGACAGCAUACCGCAAACUCGCCCUGAAAUGUCAUCCCGACAAGGUCGCCGACCCCGCGCAAAAGGCCGACGCCGCCGUCGAGUUCCACAAGGUCCAGCAGGCAUACGAGAUCCUCGGCGACGAUGACAAGCGUGAGCGGUACAAC